GCGGUUUGCGAACAUCGGCUGCUCCAGCCCGGCCUUUAAUCGAGAGCAUCCUUGAGGAUCUGGUCAAAGUUCUCCAAAUAGAGAGAGCAGUCUGAAGCUGGGGAUGGCAACAGUAUUGGAAUUCACAUUGCAAGGUAACAACAGCAGAGACGAUGGACAGGAACCACUGUGCAAACAAUUCAGACAGUUGCGCUAUGAAGAAACUGCAGGACCCCGAGAGGCUUUGUGCCGACUCAGAGAGCUCUGCCGACAAUGGCUGCAGCCGGAGACCCACACCAAGGAACAGAUCCUGGAGCUGCUGGUGCUGGAGCAGUUUCUGACCAUCCUGCCUGAGGAGCUCCAGUCUCAGGUAUGGGAGCAUCACCCAGAGAAUGCAGAAGACCUGGUUGUUGUACUGGAGGAUUUACAGCUGAAACAUGGAGAAACAGAACAACAGGAGGAUCCAGACAAGGGAAAGAAAGAUAAGCUGCUGGUGGAAGAAACAGCUUCUCUCAAAGUAGUUCUGGAACAGAGGGUCCUGCCUGACUGUGAAGUUCAGAAACCUAAGAAAGAGAAGGGUUUAUUGAAGUAUAAUUUAUAUCAGUUAAGUUCAUUUUUUGGUAACUAUACCACGCAAUGA